AGGAGAAGAAGUUAAGUUGGUAUUCGGCGACAUGAUGCAGGCUCUGAGAGGCGUCAGACGUCUGAGCUCCAGCUCAGUGAUACAUACAGUGUCGGAGCUCUCGGUUCCAGUCCCAUGGGGAGAGAUCAGAGGUCAGGUGUGGGGUCCUGAUCACGGCCGCCAUGUGCUGUGUCUUCACGGCUGGGCUGACAACUGUGGCACAUUCAAGACCCUUGCUCCUCUGCUGCCCAAAGAGUGCAGGUAUGUGGCGAUGGAUCUACCAGGUCACGGUCGGUCAUCACAUCGUCCUCCUGGCAGUUUCUACUCUUUUCCCCUGUAUGUGAUGGAUGUACACAGAGUCAUUGAUGCUCUGCAGUGGAGCAAAUUCUCCAUCAUAGGCCACAGUAUGGGUGGGAACAUCGCGGGGAUGUACAGUGCUCUGUAUCCUGAGAAGGUGGAGGCUGUCAUACUUCUGGACUCCUAUGGAUUUCUACCGACAGAUGUGAAAGAGGUUCCCAAAGUGAUGAGACAGGGGAUGGAUGGCAUGCUUCACUUUGAGAAAAAGACAGAAGUGGAGGAAAGAGUUUACACCUAUGAGAAAGCAGCUCAGAGGCUUUUGGCUGCAAACCCAACUCUGUCAGAACAGUCAGUGCAAAUCCUUUUAGAGCGAGGUUUAGUUCAAGUUGAAGGAGGAGUUAAGUUCACUCGAGACCGUCGUAUAAACCUGAAAAACAUAAUGCGCAUCAAUUUGCAGCAGAGUCUGGAGAUGCAGUCGAGAAUAAAAGCCUCCGCCUUAGUAGUUCUAGCAGAAGAUGGCUUUGAGAAAAUAUUUGCUGAAAAAGAACAACAGAAACUCUCAUCGGCUCUUGUGCAGGGCUACAGGGACAGAAGUCACACAGUGGUGAAAGUACCGGGUGAUCAUCACGUCCAUUUGAAUGAUCCUGGGCGUGUCGCUCCGCUUGUGUCGGACUUCCUGCAGACCACAGUGUUGUCACGGUCAGACAGACCAACAGAGAAGCAGACAUCUAAGUUAUAGAGAACACAUUUCAAAUCAGCAGUCGGACAUGAAUUAAGUACAGAUGAUUUUUGAUGGUUAAUUUAUCCUGAGGUUUCUCUUAAAAUCAACAAGCGUGCACAUGUUUCUCUGACUACUAAACAAUAUACAUGUAUAUGUAUUGACUCUUACUGUUAUUGGUUUGACAUGUGGCAUGUUUCUCACCAAGCUACCUUAAUCGAGUCCAGUUGCCUUCAUCAGCUGCAUGAACAACUCCUGUAGACACUGUAGUGGCCGUUCCAAAUCAAACUCAACUAAAAGACCACUAUUCCACUGUGAGGCCACAUGGUUGAUGUAGUGGUCGUGCCUUUUCUCCGGGUUUUUCCAGUUUCCUUCCACAGUGCAAAAACAUGCAGAUUUUGGCAUUAGGUAAAUUGGACACUCUAAAUUGACCAUAGGUGUGAGUGUGAGAAUGAAUGGUUGUUUGUCUCUCUAUGUGUCCCUGUGAUGGACUGGUGACCUGUUCAGGGUGUACCCCGCCUUUCACCCUAUGUCAGCUGAGAAAGUAACUAAAAAAAGUCAAUUAAUGGCUAAGAAUGAAAAAUCUAACUAAUACAGCUGUAGUGUGGUAUGACCAAAAAGUUAUAUCACGCUAUUUUUCAUAAUUUCAAUGGUUUCACCGUUUUUUUAUGCAGGAGCACGAGUGAGUGGUCGACACAAUGUCCUCAGCUCAUCCUAGCUUAACUGGUUGUCAGGUAUAACUAAUCCUGAUAAUGUGCACAUUCACUGUAUUCUGAAGCAGACCUGUAAGGUGGAGCACAGAUUUACUGAUGCUGAAGUGGACUGGUGGUUAAGUUAAGUGGACUUAACUGUAUCUCCAGCUGAACAGCACUUGCUAAUAGGUGUUUUUAAGAUGUGCAGCAUAUUUUAAUGUCGUGUGAAAGUCAUGUUGUAUAUCACAGUAUUUUAACUGUAAGGGAGACUGAAGACCUAAUUAAUAUAUAUUUAUAUUUAGACGACAACAGUUCUGUCAUUAAUAUUGUAAUGAAAUUGAAAUCAAGAAUAAAAGCACUGACACUG